CGCACCGGGGCGUGGCGGCCAUUUUGUUUUGGACGGCGAGCGGGAGUUGGCGGCCGCGGCUGUCGUGGGCCUGACGAGAGGCAGAAGAAGGCAGCCAGGCGGAGCGGCCGAGCAGGCAGGCAUCAGCCCGCGACCACGAACUCACUCAGCAGUCUAGCGCUCGCGCCUCUGACCAACCGCCCACCGGGGACCCCGCCAGCGCCACUUGGGGUUCGGCCGGCCCCGGCCCGCCUGCCGCAGCCGUGGUGGCCGCCGUGGGAGGAGCACUGGCGUCCGUGCCCUUCGGUUUUCGGGACCUGAAGAUGGCCGCGCAGUCGGCGCCGAAAGUCGUGCUAAAAAGCACCACCAAGAUGUCGCUGAACGAGCGCUUUACUAAUAUGCUGAAGAACAAACAGCCGAUGCCAGUGAAUAUUCGGGCUUCGAUGCAGCAACAACAGCAGCUAGCCAGUGCCAGAAACAGAAGACUGGCCCAGCAGAUGGAGAAUAGACCCUCUGUCCAGGCAGCUUUAAAACUGAAGCAGACAUUAUUUUCAAGUCCGGACAAUGGCUGUGGAAGGAUAUGUCCAAGCUGUGGCUGGGCGUCUGGAGGGCAGUGCCAUGCAACUAAGAGCUUAAAGCAGCGCCUGGGUAAGAGUAACAUCCAGGCACGGUUAGGCCGACCCAUAGGGUCCCUGGCCAGGGGAGCAAUCGGAGGACGAGGCCUGCCCAUAAUCCAGAGAGGCUUGCCCAGAGGAGGACUGCGUGGGGGACGUGCCUCAAGAACCCUACUUAGGGGCGGGAUAUCGCUCCGAGGUCAAAACCUGCUCCGAGGUGGACGAGCCGUAGCUCCCCGAAUGGGCUUAAGAAGAGGUGGUGUUCGAGGUCGUGGAGGUCCUGGGAGAGGGGGCCUAGGGCGUGGAGCUAUGGGUCGUGGCGGACUCGGUGGUAGAGGUCGGGGUAUGAUAGGUCGGGGAAGAGGGGGCUUUGGAGGCAGAGGUCGAGGCCGUGGCCGGGGAAGAAGCGCCCUGACUCGUCCUGUGCUAACCAAGGAGCAGCUGGACAACCAGUUGGAUGCAUACAUGUCAAAAACGAAAGGACACCUGGAUGCCGAGUUGGAUGCCUACAUGGCCCAGACAGAUCCCGAAACCAAUGAUUGAAGCUUGCUGGCCUGUAGAGACUCUUGUUCAAGUCACCACAUGUGUAAAUAACAGCUGAGAAGAAACCCUGAAUGAUUCUGGAAGGACCGAUUGAUCACAACAGGCUGUGGACUUAAAUUGCCACUAGUUUAUAUGCGUUUUGUGUGUUGUCUUUUUUUUUUUUUUAACUGUGCUGUUUGAACCCCCAACAACAACUUGGUUUUUUGCUUUAUUUUAUUUUUAUUUUCCUUUCCCCAGAUUUCUUUGGUUUUGACUGUUUAAGAUAUCCUCUUCCCACCUCUGCCACUUGAGGUGCGAGUGGGGGUUUCACUUGUCAUAUGCUCUGUCUGACAUGUAACAUACCCUCUGUCAUCUCUGUGGUCCCAGAAAAAGCCCCAAAAAGAGCUUGGUGUUUCUAAAACCUAGGUUUCUAGGUUUCUCUUAGACAUCAUCUUGAAGAGUCUCUUAUUUAGAAGCUGGAGCUCAAUGUUGAUAAUUUUGGUGUAGGGAGUUUGGAAAACAUUGAUUCAGCUCCAGGAACUCAUAAUAACAGGCUAUGAGUGGUUUUGGUUUGAGUUACUAUCAUGUCCACUGAUAACUGCUGAGUCAAGUAUGUGCACUUAGUACCAUGGAGUAAGAUUUUAGAAGCUUUCCUCUUGGUUUUGCCUUUUGUCCAAAGGGUUAUGCAAUCAAGUUAACUUAUACCCGUAGUCAGGGGAAGCAGAUAACUUCUGAAGGGAAAGGAUGGUGAGGGGCUAGCCUGAUGUUAUUCUGCGGGGUUAGGAGCUACCAUGCUGAAAUGCUGUAAUCCUAUUUAUCCCAAACCAAUCUUGGACUUCUCUGUUUAUUGACUGUUUGAUAUAUUUCCCUUGAAGGUUUAAGUUCAACCAUACUCUCUGUGAACUGUUAAGUUUCAGUGGAAUCUUGUAUUUCUGGUUCAUUAUAACAAGAACUUGUUCUCUCAAAUCCUG